GUUUGUCGAUGACGUUUGUCUCCUUGUUGCUUGGAGACGGCGCGAGCACUUAAGUUGUUGCUAUCACAAAAAGUGGCCCGGGAGAAGCUGAUUAUUCAAGGACUCCGGUUUCUCCAACAGAAGGAUGUCUGCACUUCCUGCAAAGCCUGGCCUACACCACAGUGUGUCAGAGUGGUACAGCAACAACCACCAGCUGUCAUCCACCGCACAGCAUGAGCGACAUGUUUCUAAUGUGAUCCGGCAGGAAGGGAGGUCGCUACGCAACGAGACCAACUGUCAGACAACCUGGGAUGAAAGUGACACCUCUCGCAGGUUGAGUGACCGGGCCUGGGAUGUUGCCCGAUGGAGAGAUGUGUUAGAAAGCUGUGCACAGAAAGUGGAUGAAGAGAUGGAGGCUCUGACACUGUCUAAAGAGCAAACCGAGCAGGCGUUGGCUGCGACUGACGUUCCCCAGGAGGUCACCAGCGAAUGCUUAACACUGAGGGACGGACGGCGGGGGUACGAGCUCGUCACUGACCCUGUCGACGAACAGCUGAAAAAAGAAGCACAGCUGAUAGAGAGAGUGCAGCGAGUUCUGCAGCAGCACAUAGACAAGGCCUUUGAGCAACUAUGUGUUUUGCAAGAGGUACGGCAUCAGCUGACUGCUGACCUCCAGAAUAAGAUGGAUGCCCUUGACAUUGAUAUGUCGUGCCUGUCACUAACGAUAAAGUCACCUCAGAUCUCCCUGAAACCCAACCCUACUCGCAUUCCAUCGGGUUCCUCGACCCCCCAGGAGUGGGUCCAGUUCAGCCAGUACAAUGUUGCUCGUGCUCAGGAGGCCAUGCAGGUGUCCCAGCAGAUGAGGGAGGACAUGAGUCUUACCACAGCUCAGCUUCAGAAUGAGUUGGACACUCAGCGCAGGGCGACAGAAUUUGCAAUCCGAAAGCGUAACCACCAUGAGGAGCAGGCCCGCGAUGAGCUCCAGUGGCAAAUCAAAAACACUGAAGAUGAAAUGGCAGAAAUGGAGAGAGACAUCCACGGACUCGAUGCAGAUAUGCUGGCAAAGACGGCUUCCCUAAAAUUGGCUCACACCCGACUGGAGAACAGGACCAACAGGCCUGGCAUGGACCUGUGCAGAGAUGAGGUGCAGCACGGGCUUGUUAAUGAGGUCCACCAGCUGGAGACCACCAUCAUGGCCCUGAAACAGAAGCUCUCUGAGGCACAGAACUCCCUGCAGAAGACGAAGCUCCAUCACAGCCGCAUGCUGCAGGAUCUCUCCAGAAAACAGGAAGCUCUGUCUCUGGAACAACGAAGCAUAAACACGCGCACCCGCCUCAUGUCUGCCUCCUGCACUGAUAAAGCCCCUGUGCUGCUGGUUCCUCUCGCAAACUCCAGUGGGAGGAGCAACCUGCAGCUGCUGGCUCAGUAAGACCAGGGUAUGCAGAUCCUGGAGGGAAGAGAUAUGACUUCAGAAAUAUAUAUGAGGAUAAUUUAUUCAUUUUAACUCUUAUUUGAAACCUACAGUCAACCGCAAGCAAUGAGCAUGGCACUUCUUUCUCUUCUUGGGAUGCACUUGAGAUACUCCCAGGAACUUAAGUUAAUCAGUCAUCAACAAUUUAGAUAAGUCCAUUUGGACCACUUCCUUGUGGUGUGUAAAUGAAACAAAAAGCACCCACUUUAGGUUUAACAUGAGUAUCAUCUUGCUUCCUUUAAUCUUCAUUAAAACCAGCAACAUAAGAAUUUCUUUCUUCUGUAUCUGUUUAUGCACUGAAAUGUGUCUCCUCUUAGAGUGAAGUGUAAUAAAAUGAACACGUUAAAGCGCUCGUAUUCAGGAUUGGUAAGGUCAUUACUUUUUACUGGCAAUGAGCUUUAAUAGUUUUGUUUGGCGGCUUUUUAGUGUUUGAUUUACUGAUGUGUUUAGAGCAUGAAAACAGUGAUAAGGACAUGAACUUUGACUCUCACAGUGUAUAUGUGGUUUGUAUACAAUCUGAUAAACAAGCAUUAGACACCACCCCUCGGACAAUUUAUGCGACACGUUUCAUCUGCCUUGGUUGUUCAGCCUCCACGUGGAUGUUUAUGUUGGUGCGUGUGUUUUAAUGAGGAUUUAGAAAAGUCUUUUUUUAAGAAAUGUGUGAUUUGUGUUUUGUCUGAUUUAAAAGUCACUUCUUAGAUAAUAUAAUUUACUGUCAGUAUGGAAACAAAACCUUAUCAGUUUUCUGCCACCUGUAAUAAAUCACAGUUUAGUACAAUUGCAAGCUUGUCCACAGAUAAAUGUAUCUGCGUGCUGACCUGAUCCGCUGUGUAUAGACUGAAAGACUCCAGACAGAUUAUCCAUUCAAUUAAAUAAAAAGUGUAUCAAUGACUUAUUA